UAUUUGGGCAUGGCAUGUUUUUUUUUCAGUUUUGCUUUGAUUCAUGCAACGCGAAAGACAUUGUCCACAGUUAAACCAUCUAUGAUUGCAACAUGGACUCAUGGAACUCCUACCAAACCUCCACUGUUUCCUUCCGAUCAGGCAGCCUCCGAGUUCCUUGCAAUGCUGGACGGUGGUUUCCUCUUAGCAUAUUCCGUGGGUCUGUUUGGAGGAGGUGUUCUGGGAGAUCGUUACAAUCCUCGCGUGGUUUUGUCAAUUGGAAUGUGGUUGUCGGCGAUUGUGGUCUUCCUUUUUGGAUACGCAACGGAGUACUUCCACGUUUAUUCAAAGACCCUUUAUGCCUUUCUUUGGAUUUCGGGCGGACUGUUCCAAUCAGUGGCCUGGCCAACUGAGGUUAUUUGUAUAGUAGGUAAUUGGUUCGGUCAUUGUUCACGAGGGGCUGUUAUGGGUGUUUGGUCAGCAUGUGCAAGUGUUGGUAAUAUAAUCGGCACAAUGAUCUCGUCUCAGCUCGUUCUUAUGGGAUAUCAGUACGCCUUCGCUGUCAACUCAAUUCUUUUAUUCCUUUUCGGGUUCGUUGUGUAUUGCAAUCUUAAGUCUGCUCCAAGGGAAGUGGGUGAGUGUACUGUUUUAAAACCUACUCAACGCCCAGCUCCAAUCAGUUUCUGGAGAGCAUGGCUCCUUCCUGGCGUUUUGGCGUACUCCUUGGCUUAUGCGUGCCUGAAAUUAGUCAACUAUGGCUUUUUCUUUUGGCUGCCAUUCUAUCUCCAUUCGAACUUCGGUUGGAGUGAAGCUGAUGCUGACGCCUUAUCUGCUUGGUAUGAUGUUGGAGGUAUCGUUGCUGCCAUUGUAGCUGGCGCAGCUUCGGAUCAUUUCCCAACUAGAACCCCUAUCAUUGUAGCGAUGUUGGUCUGCUCCACAUUCGCGCUAUGGGGAUACUCAGCAUCCCCACCAUCACCAUUGAUAAAUGGUAUAUUGUUAACGAUUACUGGUUUUUUCAUUGGUGGCCCAGCAAAUAUGAUAUCCAGCUCCGUUUCCGCUGAUUUAGGUAGAACUCGCGAACUUCGAGGCAAUGCGGAGGCUCUUUCAACUGUGACUGGAAUCGUUGAUGGCACGGGCAGUUUUGGAGCUGCACUUGGGCAGCUGCUCAUUCCUUCAAUUCAAGGCGUCUUUGGAUGGAAUUCUGUAUUUUAUGGAUUCAUAAUUAUGGUGAGUAGGCGGUCUCAUUUCUUCCAUAGCCAUAACGAAGGCACUGGUUGUCAAGAAUAUUUAUUUCAUUGGGAAUAG